CUGCCAGCGCCUGGCGUGUGUUUGCACGGGUUGUACCUCUGGGCGGCCUCGCAGGCCCCGGCCCUCCUUUGUUGACCCAGGAAAGCGCCACUCCCAGCCAGGUUCUUCCUUGUUGACCGAAACGAAGGAGCAGGUGGCGAGCAGAGCCUUCCUGGGUCCUCAGGAGAAGUCACUUAUGAAACCAGCUGCUGUCCUGAGGGUGUGAAGGCCCCGAGAAGGCAGCACCGGGAGGCCGGGUCUCACCACCCCAGGUGGAUUCUUUCAGCGAGGGUGCACGGGGCAGGGAUGGAGGGCACCGUGGCCUGAGGGGCCCUCAGCUGAAGAGCGCCACGUGACUGCCACACCAUGCACCCUGCGUCCCUCUGGAAUGGACUCCAGAGAGAUGGAACUCUAUGAGGACUACCAGUCCCCGUUUGACUUUGAUGAGGGCGUGAACAAAAACUACCUCUACUUGUCCCCCAGUGGAAAUUCAUCCCCACCCGGAUCCCCCACUCUUCAGAAAUUUGGUCUUCUGAGAGCUGACCCAGUGCCUGAGGCAGGAGAAGAUGUUGCCACCACGAUCGGUGCCACAGAGACCCUGUCAGAGGAAGAGCAAGAAGAGCUAAGGAGAGAGCUCACAAAGGUAGAAGAAGAAAUCCAGACCCUGUCUCAGGUAUUAGCAGCUAAAGAGAAGCACCUAGCCGAGAUCAAACGGAAGCUUGGGAUCAAUUCACUACAGGAACUAAAACAGAACAUCGCCAAAGGCUGGCAAGAUGUGACAGCAACACCUGCGUACAAAAAGACGUCCGAAACCUUGUCUCAAGCUGGACAGAAGGCCUCAGCUGCUUUCGCCUCCGUGGGAUCAGUCAUCACCAAAAAGCUGGAAGACGUCAAAUUGCAGGCUUUUUCACAUUCCUUUAGUAUACGCUCCAUCCAACAUUCAAUUAGCAUGCCUGCUAUGAGAAACUCCCCGACUUUCAAGUCAUUUGAAGAAAAGGUUGAAAACUUAAAGGCAAGUAGAGAGUCUAAAGUAGGGGGACCCAAGCCUGCCGGCGGUGACUUUGGAGAAGUCUUGAAUUCGACCGCAAACGCUAGCACCACUGCCACGGAGGCAUUUCCUGAGCGCACACAGGACAGUGCGUGAGAAUCCCACCUUUGCUCGGCUGCCCACUGCCAGAUGCUGCGCGCGAGAUCUGGGCGCAUCUUGUCAACACUCAUUGCUGUGAAUUUCCACCCCAUGGGCUUUUAUGUAGCUUUACCUAUUCCUCUGACCAAACAGUCUGUGGAUUAAACAAAAGUAUCUUCACCUCUGUUCCUGGGCAACACGAUACCCUUUCAUGUGCAUUUAAGGCCCUUUAUUUAGGAAACACGGGUAGUACCUGGGGACCCUCAC